UUUGCCCUGGUGUUCACAGUGGCUGUUUCUGCCGUGCUGGCCAAAACCAUCACUGUGGUUCUGGCCUUCAAGGCCAUGAAGCCUGGAAGGACCAUGAGGCGAUUGCUGGUGUCAGGAGCCCCAAACGCUGUCAUUCCCAUCUGCUUCCUCAUCCAACUCACUCUCUGUGCCAUCUGGCUGGCAACAUCUCCUCCCUUUGUGGACACAGAUGCACACUCUGAGCAUGGACACAUCAUCCUCUUGUGCAACGAGGGCUCCAUCACUGCCUUCUACUGUGUGCUGGGCUUCCUGGGCUCGUUGGCCCUGGGCACCUUCACUGUGGCUUUCCUUGCCAGGAAGCUGCCUGACACGUUCAAUGAAGCCAAGUUCCUGACAUUCAGCAUGCUGGUGUUCUGCAGUGUGUGGGUGACCUUCCUGCCUGUGUACCAGAGCACCAAGGGGAAGGUGAUGGUGGCCGUGGAGGUCUUCUCCAUCUUGGCCUCUGAUGUGGGUCUGUUGUGCUGCAUCUUUGUUCCCAAAUGCUACAUCAUUCUCCUAAGACCUGAGAGGAAUUGUUUGCAACUUUUAAAAAAUACCAGAAAUUCUAGGAAGACUGUCUCAUUAUCUCACAAGACUCCAUCACCCUGA